AUGCCCUUCGCAGGAUACAACGAAACCAAAAUCUCACUAAACAAUGAAACCGUCGAUGAGCUUCAGCUUCUCCUCCAUCCAUCAUCCAUCGGAAACCGCCCCCACCGCAAAGCCACCGGCACUGAAAACUGCCCCCAGCGGACUACAUUCAUCCAUCCCCAACCUUACCGCUGCGUGAAAGGCGAGUUCCUAAUUUUUCCGGCAACGAAGCGAGAGGCGGUGCCUUCGUGUCUCCCAGAGACACCGACCGUGUCUCUGUAUGACACGACUCGUGUCUCUGCGCGCUGUCUAACUAACUCUCAAGGGAAUUCUUUCUUGGUGCCUGGGGCAACUCUGGCAACUAUACUUAUGCUUGGUGCUCUCCAUGCACGCCAUAUAUAUGAAGAUAAGAAGAUUGAAGAGGCAAGGGAAAAAGGAGUUGAAUUGGAGUUCCACCCUGAUGUUAAAGCCAGCUUCUUGGGAUUGAUGCCACUGCGGUCCAUUUCAAGAUUGUGGGGUUCCUUGACAAGUGUGGUUCUAGCAGCCGAGUCCAGGUGCAUUGAGGAUGCCAUAAGAUGUGGAGUUAAUGCUGGAUUCUGUCUGUAUGUCUGCUUUUCCCUCACAAGGACAUUCUUGCAGGACUUGGAUGACAUGAAUAUUGAAAUUAUGAGGAAUACUCUCUAUAAAGCAUACCUUCAGGAUUUCUAUAGAUUCUGUCAGGGUGCACCAGUUAAGGUCAGAAGACCCAGUGAUUACAACCCAUCACUGGCUGCUACUCUUGGCCCUAGCCAGCCUGAUCCCACCCUGAACCUUGCAGCUGUUGGGUUAACACCUGGAUCUGCUGGUGGACUUGAGGGUCCAGACCUUAUUUUUUUGGGUGGUUUGCCAUAUUAUUUCACAGAAGCACAGAUCAGGGAGCUGCUGGAAUCCUUUGGACCCCUUCGAAAGCGUUUUAUCCCCCAUUUUUAUCCCAUUAAGAGCUGCACAAGCAAUGUCUGUAACAGAUAA